UAGCCAACGGUCGCGGAGAGAAAGAGAGAGGAGGCGAGGUGUGUUCAGUACAGCGGAGAACAGCAGCGCGCUGCGAGCAGGGAGCUGAAUUAGAAGCAGUGCAGUGGAAGAAGAUAAAGACGGGUCUGCUUUGUUGUGUUUGGCGGUAGCGGCGGAACACACACACUUAGAACAGAGACAGGAGAGGAGAAGUGAGGAGAGAAGUGUGUGACUCUCUUUAUUAUAAGUGUUCCAGUGGGGUUCCUGUGGGGCUGAGUCUCGCAGCCUCGUGGAUGGAGAACACGUAGCUGAAGUCCGGUGUGAAGAGUGUGUGCGGAGCGGAUGGAUAUGAGGGCGGUUUCGGUGAACUCGCUGGCGCUGCUGCUCCUCUGCUCGCUCGCCUGCGUGCUGCACCUGUUUGGCGGCUUGGAGCGGCGCCUGGAGCGGCGGGAGCGGGAGCUCGGCCCGUCCUCCGCCAAAACUUUCCGAGCGCUGCUCGCCGUCCCGGCCGUCGCGCGGUCUAACAACCUCAGCGCGGGAAUUACCACCACCACCACCACCACCAAUGGGAGCACCGGCGUCCAGCGCGACCCCCUACCCCUGGAGGACGGCGUGUUCUGGAGCCGCAGCCUCGAGGCUCGCCUGCCCGCCGGCUUCAGCGAGGACCGCGCGCGGUUAUGGAGCCAGCGCGCGCGCGCCCAGCGCGUGGUCUCCCUCGAGCCGGGUUGCGGCAGGACGUCCAACCAGCUGGCCACGUUCUCGGACGGGAGCAAAGCGUGCGUGCGCUACGGCAUCAACGCGGAGCAGGUGCAGGGAGAGACUCUUGCUUAUUACCUGGCGAAGCUGCUCGGCAUCUCCAACGUGCCCCCGCUCGUGCUCGCGCAGCCCAGCAGCGCGGAGCAGCAGUGGGCGCACGUGAGGCAGCGCGUGGACGGCUUGCAGUGGUCCGGACGGGCCGUGGUGUCCAUGACCGAGUGGAUCGCCAACUUGAGCGGGGUGGUAACCCCCUCGCCCCUCCGGCCGGACAGCAGCGGCCUGCGCCCUACUAUGGACCUGGGCAACCGGACAGAGGCGGAGCUGCUCGAGCUCGUGCAGUGGAGCGACCUGGUCGUGUUCGACUACCUGACUGCCAACUUUGACCGGCUGGUCAGCAACCUGUUUAGCCUGCAGUGGGACUCCCGAGUCAUGGAGCGCAACACCAGCAACCUCCUCAAGACGCCCCAGGGCGUCCUGGUAUUCAUAGACAACGAGGCAGGCCUGGUGCACGGCUACCGCGUGCUGGACAUGUGGGAAAGGUACCACAGCUCCGUCCUGAGGUCUGUCUGCAUCUUCAGGAGGAGGACGGCCCAGAGGGUCGCUGCACUGCACCGGUACCGCGAUGCCCGGGCACGCCUCUUUGACCUGUACCGGGACAGCGAGCCGCUGGCAGCAGAGCAGGGCUUUUUGUCCGAUGAACAUGCCAGGAUAUUACAGGACCGGAUAGACAGAGUGUACAGGCACAUACUGCACUGUAAAGGAAAGUACAGCCAGCUGUAAUUUUUCUUUUUUUUUUUUUUUUUUUUUUUUUUACAAUAGGUGCACACCCUUUCCCAAAAAUCUGAGAAUGACGAGGACCACUGGUUGCGAAAGUAACUGAUGCAAGCAAAACCUGUAUUCUACUUUCUGUAACUUUUCAGCAUCUGGCUGGACUAUCUCCUGUGGGGACGAACCUUUAAUGUGUUGAAGUGAAUAUUUGUUGAAUUUUUAAUGAGGAGAACAAUGUUGUGUUUAGUUUAUAAGUCUUAAACUACAAAAGAAAGUUUAAACUAGAGGUGGAUGAUAUGGAUACAAAUCAUAUAUUAUAUCUCCAUAUUUAAAGAGUCUUUUCAUCCAAGUUACUGCCAUUAAAUUACUGCCCAGUAUUGAGUACAGUGAUUUUUAUUUUUUGUUAAACUUUGCUCGACUCUAUUCAAUCAAACAGGACUAAUAAUGAACACACUUUGUGUUGGUGGACACAGUUGGUGCAGUUGGACGGUGUUUUUUAAUCACCCGUGAAAUCAACUAUUUGCUUAAAAUGUUAACAAUACAGUCAUAUAUCCGCAUAUCGCCCACCUCUAGCUUAAAUCCACAGGAAAGACAAAGCACAUUGCUUGUAAUAGAACUAAUCAGUUAGGCAAUGCAAUACAGGCCUAUCUCCAGUCACACGUUGAACACAGACUUAACUGUUGUAGGUUGCUGCUUCCACCAUUUUUUGGUGACGUUAUUCUUACAUUGUUAUUUUAUUUGAUAGAUGCAGAGCUACAUCCCAGUUAACAGGAAUCUGAUCACCAAGUGUUCUGUUAAGUGUUUUAUUGGCGUAUGCUUUGUUGUUAAAAUACUUUGGAGAAGCUCUUGGUUGCUGUAGCGCUGCACUUGGUUUAGGAUAUAUGACUGAUUUACACUAGCUGCGUUCCAAAGCCUUGGCUGCAGUCAGGGUAGGGUAGGUAGGUUGUGAACACUGUUGAUCACACAUCUGGAACAGCUUAAUGAGGUUUUGUGAUAACGGCACCAGAACUGUUACAUUUGUGAUGCACAAAUAUGGGUGCUUUUUAAUUUCUUCACAGGAAUGAAUUAUAUUACAUAAUUAAUUAUAUAUUAUAAAAUUCUUAUAACAAAGUUGUAUGUGUGCACAAAAUUGUGGAUAAUUAAGGGCAGGGAAGGAUACAUUAGUUGCAUCCUUAAAAUUCAGGGCUGUUUGGUAAGAGCCGCUCACUUUGGAACAGCCUUUUACAACAUAUCAGCCAAGAAAUGCAGCCUCCCUUAGUUCUAGCCUAGGCUUUGGAAAACAGCUUUUGUUUCAAAAGUCAAUGAAAAUGGGCACCUUUUUUAUUGUUCCUUCACAGCUUUACAAUUCAAAUAAUAGCCUUAAUGAAGUGAUGGGAUGUCCGUUGGUGUGAACAAGUAUUGUGGGUUUUUGCUUUGUGAAUUCUGGAUAUUCUAUUUAACUAAUUUAAAAUCACAGUAUGUGAUAACAUACAUUCCAGUUGUUUUUUUAUUGGUACAGAAAACCUGUGUCAUUUUUACAUGCCAUUAAAACUAGUGGAACGGAAGCGUUUUCACUAAGCCGAACAUGA